GCCCAGCACACGACCACCAUGGACCUGCGGAUCACCAACUUUGGCACCGACGCCCGCGAGUACACGCUCGCGAGCGGCCGCGCCGGCGAAGCCAAGGGCCUCUUGAGCCUCCUCGGUCUGCUCAGCUCGACCACUCUGUGCACGCUGCUCUACGUCUUCUUGAUCCCGACGCUCUCGCCGUGGAUCGGGCCAGCAUAUGCGACGUGGCUGCCGCUGCCCACCGCAGCCGCGCGCCACGACCUCCUCACGUUCCUCGUCCCGUUCUAUGUCGUCCUCGCCCUCUUCAAGUCGUCCUUUGGCGGCACCAUUGUCGAAGAGUCGGUCUUGGUCAUUCCGGAAAUUGGCGUCCAGCUGCGCAAGAAGCGCCGCAAUGGCAGCGAAAAGUUCAUGUUUAUCGAGGCCAAGUGCAUUCGCGCCGUGGUCAUCAACGAGGCCAUCACGUUCGCCGACGUCAUCUACUACAUGGCCUUUCUCGUGCAGAACGAGCCCAAGAUGAUCUUGGCGUUCGAGUCGUUUCGCCCGCGCGUGCAUGCGCUGCAAAAGGUCUUUCUGGGCACGAAGGGCCUCCUCUUCCCCGACGACUCGAAGAUGACCAUGACAUAGCGGCCGACGCUGCACAGUCGCAUGCCUGUCGUCGUAGAAGGUAGCCUCCGACACAGUAGAGGCAGCAUCUUCGGGUGCCACGGGGUGGUCGCGUCAGCAAACAUUUAUCUGCGUUUUGUCCCAA